UGUGAUGUUAAACAUAAUGAGGUGUUUUGAAUUAAACUAUCAUUUAAAGAAAGUUGAUUUUCUUCUAAAUAGCUAUUAAUUCAUUUUUUUCCUAGCUUGCUUUAAGAUCUGUGAAUUCUUGUCGAUCAGCAUAUGGAUGUGUCCUCUUCUCUCCUUUGUUUUUUCAACUCUAUCAAUGGUCAUCUUCAGUGGAAAUGAAUGAUAAAGACACAUGGAAUUUAAAUUGCCAGUUGGCAAUGAAGGUGAUUUUUUAAAGGAGCACAGUGCUUACAGGUAAUAUUCAUUGUUUUGUCAGCCAGUUUGUUAUUUAGCUAUGAGGUGACCUCAGGGCUUUGUUAAUUUUUAAAAAACUAAAUAAACAACCAUAUUAAGUAUGUGCUGUUCUAUAAUGUAUUUGUGUUACAGUCACUUCUGCCCAUCUUUAGAUGUCUGAAUUCCCUUGAAAGAAAUGUAGAGAAGUGCAGAAUAUUCACCAGAUCUGAUAAGUCUGAAGUAGUUAUUCAGUUCUUCUGCAGACAUGGUAUUAAAAGAACUCAUAAUGUGUGUUUUCAAGAAAGUCAGCCUUUGCAAGUGAUUUUUGAAAAGAAUAGUUGUACUAAUACACUAAUGAUUCAACCAAGAGUGCUCGCCGAGGCAAUUGUUCUUUUUACAUCAAGUCAAGAGGAAGUCACUCUUGCUGUGACUCCACUGAAUGUUUGCCUCAAGAGUUCUAAUGAGGAAUCAAUGGAUUUGACUAAUUCUGUGUACAGUGAGAUGUUUGUUGGCCCAGAUGAGUUUGACUUCUUUCAAAUUGGAGUUGACACUGAGGUAACAUUUUGCUUCAAAGAACUGAAGGGAAUGCUGACAUUUUCAGAAGCUAUACAUGCUCCUAUAUCCAUUUACUUUGAUUUUCCUGGAAAACCUAUGGCUUUAAGUAUUGAUGAUAUAUUAUUGGAAGCCAACUUCAUUUUGGCUACAUUAGUCAAUGUACCAAGUAGGACAUCUUCGCCACAAUCGCUGUGUCUUUCACAAAAACUAAAAAGGUCAGACCUGAUCCUGUCAAAUUCAGAGGCUGGUAAAAAUGUGACCAACAAGGCCCCAGAGUGCAUCUUGAGAAAAGUAGCACCCAAAAGGCUCCAUCCUACUGAGUCUCCCACAAAGACCUCUGCAUUGGAAAACCGCAGCAGCCCUAGGAGGAAAAGAGCAGACAGAGAGGGCAGUGACGUUCCAGAAAGCAGUGUCGGCAAGGCAGAGGAAGCUCCACGGUCCCCUUAUCUCAGGAAGUUUUCUCGCAUGUUCUUUGGAGCUGUUUCUUCUGGUCAGCAAGAACACUUCAACCACCCUUCCGAGAGUCUGGUAAAUGACAGUCAAGAGGACAUGAAUAAUGGCAGUUUCUCCACAUUUAACAUUUAAUCAUGGCUACUGAGUUGGCCCCCAGACCAUUUACUGGCUCACUUGCACUUCAAACACAUUUUUACACUUAGUACAUAUUGUCUUAGACUUCCAAGAUGAAAUGAAGAAUGGGCUUCUGCUCUUCUAAGUGGCACCAUCUUAUACAACAACUUUAUCUAGAAAUAACUGCUUGGCAAGCAUGUAUAAUUUACCUCAAAUCCACGAUGUGACUUGGGAGGCUCCUGAGUUUUCUAUGCAGGGAAAAAGCCCAUUAGAAUUCUUUACUUCAGUGCAGGCUCACUCCAGAGCUUUUCACAUCUUCUUUGUCAGUUUUAUAAAGGUAUUUAACCUUUCAUCAGUAGACAUUUGGAGUAGAAACAGAAGUUUGUGAUUAGCAGACAGGAAUAUUUUGUAUUUGAUUGCAAAUGUGAGCUUUGGUGCUUUCAGAAAUAGUAAAAAGGUCUGCAACCUCUUCUCAUGUAAUGCCAUGACUUUUUUUGUCCAUUGCUUCUUGUAUUUUGUUAAAAGAUUUUUUAGAUAAAAUAACCCAUGGGAAAAAAAAAAAAGGUCAAAAA